AUGUAUUACCGAAGAAAUCAAACGAAAAUGCAAACGACCCAAUGGGGGGCCGAAUUUGUUUAUGCUGACGAGUACUUGACGAGUCAGAUCUGUAACAAGUGCAAAUUCAAACAAUUAAAUAAUAUCUCAAUUACUGGAUCAAAGCGAAGAGUACACUUUGUCUUCAAGUGUGAAUCUUGUGGUACGGUGUGGAAUCGUGAUGUGAACAAUGCAUUAAAUAUAUAUGGUAUCUUUGUCUACAAAUCAAAACACGACGAUGAAAGUCCUCCCCCCUCAAAAGACCUUCAAAAGACUAACGGUGCUCCCUGA